AUGUCCACCAUUCCCAAGCCGGGCCCGGCUAACCUUCGCCCCGGAGCGGGUUUAGAUGAGUGGUUGGAGGAGGCGAAACAAUGUCAUUACCUUCCUGAGCCUGUCAUGAAGCAGCUCUGCGAAAUUGUCAAGGAAGUUCUUAUGGAAGAAUCGAACAUCCAGCCUGUUGUUACGCCAGUUACCAUCUGCGGUGAUAUUCACGGCCAGUUCUACGAUCUCCUCGAACUCUUCCGUGUUGCCGGUGGCAUGCCCGGCGAGACAAACGUCCAGGCGCCCAAGACAGCAACAACCGUCAUCACAUCCGAGGACAUCGAGCCCCCGACAGAAAUCACAGAUCCAGACUUGAAGAAGAAGAUAAAGAGCAGUACGGACACCGAGGGUGGGACUACGAGCGAUAAGGACGCGGGCGAGGACACCCCAACAUCCAGUGCCAACACGAGCUCUCAAUCGGCCGACACCCGCUUCGUCUUCCUCGGAGACUUUGUGGAUAGAGGGUACUUCAGUUUAGAGACAUUCACCCUGCUCAUGUGUCUAAAGGCAAAGUACCCAGAUCGCAUCGUUCUAGUGCGCGGAAACCACGAGUCCCGACAAAUCACCCAGGUCUACGGUUUCUACGAGGAGUGUCAGCAAAAGUACGGCAACGCCUCCGUCUGGAAGGCUUGCUGUCAAGUGUUUGACUUCCUUGUUCUCGCCGCCAUUGUGGACGGUACCGUUCUUUGCGUCCAUGGCGGUCUCAGUCCUGAGAUCCGCACGAUUGACCAGAUCCGCGUCGUUGCGCGUGCCCAGGAGAUUCCUCAUGAGGGUGCCUUCUGCGAUCUUGUGUGGAGUGACCCAGAAGACGUCGACACAUGGGCUGUCAGUCCACGUGGUGCUGGUUGGCUGUUCGGAGACAAGGUCGCGACGGAGUUCAACCAUGUCAACGGUUUGACAACGAUUGCAAGAGCGCAUCAGCUGGUUAAUGAGGGUUACAAGUUCCAUUUCGCCGAAAAGUCGGUCGUAACAGUAUGGUCAGCACCCAACUACUGUUACCGUUGCGGUAACGUAGCCUCGAUUAUGACGGUGGAUCGCGACCAAAACACGAAGUUCAGCAUCUUCUCCGCCGUUCCAGACGACCAACGGCAUAUCCCCGCAGGACGUAGGGGCCUAGGCGAUUACUUCCUGUGA